GAACAAAAAAAAAAGGUUGAUGUCUCAAGUGUACAAUUCCAGUGUUCCGCCACUCAUCUCACAUUUCUACCCUAUAUAAGCUUGGAAAUCAAAGUUGAAAUAUAUUUCCUUCAUAUCCUCCACCAAAAACAUAAAACAAAAUGGAGAGCUCACAACUUCAAGAAGAGCUCCAUCAAGCUCUCCUAAAUCCUCAAGUUUCUAAGCCACCACUAGCACCAUUGAUCAAAUCUAAACAGCUUUCUAGUGCUCACGAUAAUCAUCAAGGUCAGCAAUCUGAACAACAAGACAUACUGCACAGCAGUCAGCCUUCGCUGAUGGGAGCACAUAAAGUGACCGCUGAACUAGAAAAAAUAUUAUCAAAUACCAAGCAGAAAGGAUUUGAUCGCUUCUUCUCGGCUACUUGUAUAGAACUAAAGCUCUUAUUCUUCCUUGCUGCACCCACUGUUAUGGUUUACAUGAUCAAUUAUAUUAUGUCCAUGUCCACUCAAAUCUUUUCCGGUCAUCUUGGUAAUCUUGAACUGGCUGCUGCAUCACUUGGGAAUACUGGUAUUCAACUUUUCGCCUAUGGUCUUAUGCUUGGAAUGGGAAGUGCAGUUGAGACUCUAUGUGGCCAAGCAUACGGAGCUGGAAAAUAUGAAAUGUUGGGAGUUUAUCUUCAAAGAUCGAUGAUCCUUCUGAUGGCGACCGGAAUCCCACUCACGAUAACUUACAUAUUCUCAGAACCCAUUUUGGUAUUUCUUGGUGAAUCAACUGCCAUAGCAUCAGCAGCAGCAGUUUUCGUUUAUGGACUAAUUCCCCAGAUAUUCGCUUACGCAGCUAACUUCCCUAUACAAAAGUUCCUCCAGGCUCAGAGCAUUGUAUCUCCCAGUGCAUACAUAUCAGCAGCUACCUUAAUUGUACAUCUUUUCUUAAGUUGGCUCGUGGUAUACAAGAUCGGACUCGGUUUGCUGGGUGCCUCACUGGUAUUGAGUUUAUCUUGGUGGAUUGUAGUGGGUGCUCAGUUUUUGUACAUUAUGAAGAGUGAGAGAUGUAGACAUACUUGGACAGGGUUCAGUGUACGAGCCUUUUCUGGAUUGCCAGAGUUCUUGAAAUUGUCUACAGCAUCAGCUGUGAUGUUGUGUUUGGAGACUUGGUAUUAUCAGAUACUGGUUUUAAUUGCUGGUUUGCUCCCAAACCCUGAAAUUGCGUUGGAUUCUCUGUCUAUUUGCACGACAAUAUCAGGCUGGGUUUUCAUGAUUUCUGUUGGGUUCAAUGCAGCUGCAAGUGUGAGAGUAAGCAAUGAGCUUGGUUAUGGUAAUCCCAAAUCGGCAGGGUUUUCAGUGGUGGUAGUGACAACAAUCUCCUUCAUUAUGUCUGCUAUAGCCGCUGUCAUAGUUUUGUCAUUGCGCGACGUCAUCAGCUAUGCAUUUACUGAUGGUGAAACUGUUGCUGCUGCUGUCUCCGACCUCUGUCCACUCCUUUCCCUCACCCUCAUCCUCAACGGCAUUCAACCCGUUCUUUCUGGUGUCGCGGUUGGGUGUGGAUGGCAAACGUUGGUUGCGUAUAUUAAUGUAGGAUGUUAUUACGUAGUUGGGGUACCUUUAGGUGCUCUUCUCAGCUUUACCUUCAAGCUUGGUGCUAAGGGAAUAUGGUCAGGGAUGAUAUGCGGGACAGCGAUGCAAACCGCCAUUCUCCUAUGGAUCACAUAUCGAACUGACUGGAGCAAAGAGGUGGUGGAAGCCAUGAAGCGAUUGGACAAGUGGGAAGGUAAAGUGGAGCACCUCUUGAAGGCAAACGGCUCCGAAGAAGAGGCUGUCCAAGCACCCCCAUGUUGACCAACGGAUGCCAGUUGAGAGUCGCCUCAGUUUAAGACCCAAACUCGAGGCAUUUCAAAUGCCACCACUCAAGAUUAAUCAGUGGUGAUGCUGCAGAAACCACUGGCGCCAAGACAUGUAUAGAUUCUAGGCGGUGCUGCCACCAGGAUCGUAAAUAAUGAUGUUUUGAGCUAUAUUAAGAUCUCUUGAACUAGCUUAAUUUGAUAUCACCAGUCGGUCAACUUUCUCAAACUCUGUAUACAUCAGUUUCAAAUCUUUCAAGACACGUACAUGGUUAAGUUGUUAAGUUUGACAGUGCUGCAGUCCACAGUUUAAAAGACCCUAGCUAGACCACUGGGAAAUUUUUGGUGUCUAACAUUACAAUACUAGUGGCAGUCUUGUUGUCGAUCACAAAUAAUAAAAGCAUACCUCAUAAGU